CUGGAUUCAGUACCCAAUUCUUUGAAGGACGGUAGUACUAGUAAUAAUCUUUCAGUCCAAAAAACCAUGUCUCGUAAUGCUCCUCGCUGCAGCAGAUGCAGGAACUGGAAGAAACAAUGGACGAGCCGUCGAGUGAACGGGGGCCCAACACCACUUUGCCUGUCGAGGCCCACUGCUACUAGUACGACUACGAGUGAACUGAACCCGCUGCUACCACUACGAGUGUUUCCUCUGGCUGACUGGCUAGGUUUCCUCGCCGCCGAAAUGAACACGACGAGCGAGGACACCACCCGUGGCCGCCGCCGCCGCCGCCGCCGCCGCUCCCAAACCCACGCGAGUGACGAUGCCGAUGGAGUGACCCGCCGCCGCAGUCCGCCCCUCCUCGGCCUCUUCCACCAAUGCAAGGAUGAUAUCGUCUUCACCCCCAUCAUGGACCGCCCCGACCGAAUCCGUCCAAAGCGUUUCGACCUGCAUCUCGACAGCCACAACAUGGGAGCGGUCCAACUUCUCGAUUGCCGCCAUGGCCGCGUCCUUCUCACGGACAAACGGCGGGAUGAGCUCAUCCUGUGCGACCCUAUCAUCGGUGAGCAGCGCCUCAUGGCUGUUCCGCCAGAGUUCGUAAGAAAAUGCUUCAACGGGACUGUGCUCUGCGCUGCCAUUGACCAUGACCACGUGCACGAAAGCUGCCACUCGAGCCCCUUCAAGGUGGUGCUGAUCUCCUAUCUCGGAGGGGAUAAUCAACAUAUCGUGUGUGUUUACUCCUCUGAGACUCGUGUAUGGGGUGAUAUCAUUUCGACAACCGCUUCGUAUCAUCUUUCUGAUUAUGGUAUCCCUGGCUUGCUUGUUGGUAAUGCACUUUACUGGUUGCUGGAUAUUAUAGGCGCUGGCAUACUUAAGUUUGAUUUGGAUGAGCAGAGCCUAGCUGUGAUCGAGGGGCCUCUUUGUACAAUGAUUUUAGCCAUGGUAGUUGCAUCAUCCAGGCUGAGGAUGGCACGCUUGGCUUCGCCAUAUUGUCUUACCCUCACUUACAAAUGUGGCAGAGGAAUAUCAUUUGCCAUGGUGUUGCCACAUGGGUGCUAUGGAAGACCAUUGACAUGCGUACAAUUCUUGGGCUCCCUAAACAGAUUCAAGGAAAGAGGACACUUAUAAGACAUACACUGGGAUGCCUCGAGGAUUGUGAUGAAAUACUUCUAUCUGUGGAUUGUCGUGCCUAUAUGGUUCAACUUAAGUCGAUGAAGUCCAGGAAACUUUGUGAAAACAGUUAUUUAACUUGCUAUCAUUCUUUCAAGAGUUUCUAUCCUCCAGGAACAUCCAUUGCUGGCGGAUGUGAUGGAAAUGAUGCAUGCUACACAAGGUGAUUGUCUGGUUUGAUGUUCUAAUGUGCUAAAAUGGUAACAGGUGAAGAAGGGCUGCUGCAGAUGUUAGUUGUCAUUGAGUUUGUCGCAUUUCAUCAAUGUCGUCGGCAGUGGUCUUAGUCUAGCCAAGUCUCUAAUGUAGCAAGAUGCUUUUGAAUACCUGAUCCAGGGAAUUCAGCUUACUAGUAUUAUUUCAAGUCGGAUUUCAUCGUCUCUUGUUCUUGUUAGGUGUUUGUGCUUGGCUGGCAGGUCUUCUGUUGAGCCAUGAUAGUUUCAGUGUCAUGUAUCACUGAAACUUGUUUGUUUGAGUGUGCUUGUCAGCUGCGAUUUGCAAAACAUGUCUACUUUCUUGUCUUGGAAGUGAGUCAGUGCCAUGUAAUUGUUCAUAUGAGCCAGGGUACUCAGCUAUUUGGUGCUGAAGAUACCCGAAACUGCUGUGAGUAGCUUCCUUGUUGGCAAGUGGAAUUAAACCUGUAGACAUGUAGUUGUGGGAUUUUACAGUUUGAUUGACAAGCUCCCAUUAAUUUCCUGUAGAUUCAGAUGGAUAUCGGUUUCCUGCUAUUCUCCUGUCCAUGUAUGUGCAUUGGAGUUUUGA